GUCAGCGGCGGAUGUUCAGCGCAAUUAGACGUGCAAAUCGAAAAGUGAAAGCAACUUCAAAGCGAUUAAGCAAUCAAAGACUUGCUAUACAAAUUGCUAAAUUCCACAAUUUUUUUAUUACUAAAUAAAAUGAGUUCGUUUUCAAAGAAAUAAAAUAAUUUCGAAUAUGUUCAGCAAAUAUUCGUGCUUAACGCCAAAACGCGCUCUUGUUGUGUGAAAGCACUAAAGUACGCCUACGGUGUUACAUAAGUUUGUCUGUGAAAAAAUUGAAGUGUUUUCCAGAAGCUACAAGCUAUAAAGCAAUAAUGAAAAUAUAAUAGUAAUUGUUGUGAAUGCGAGUUUGAAAUUGGCAAAUAGAACUUUCGCAUAUAAAAAUUGCUCAAUUUUACAUAAAAUAUACGCUUCGUUAUGGAAUAUCAAAUAUUUCUCUUGGUAAUAUUUUCAAUAUGUUUAGAGAAAUUCACAACGGGCGAAUACCAGCAAAGUUUAGCGAUAACAGAUAUUUUGCCCGAGGACAUAAAACGAUAUGAUAAAAUGCGUCCACCCAAAAAGGAUGGACAACCAACAAUUGUUUAUUUUCACGUCACCGUAAUGGGUCUCGAUUCGAUCGACGAGAACUCUAUGACUUAUGUCGCGGAUGUGUUUUUUGCACAAACCUGGAAGGAUCAUCGCUUGCGACUGCCCGAGAACAUGACACAAGAGUACAGAUUACUAGAAGUCGAUUGGCUAAAGAAUAUGUGGCGACCGGAUUCUUUCUUCAAGAAUGCCAAAUCGGUGACUUUUCAAACCAUGACCAUUCCUAAUCACUACAUGUGGUUGUACAAGGAUAAGACCAUACUUUAUAUGGUGAAGCUAACACUGAAAUUGUCAUGCAUCAUGAAUUUCGCCAUUUAUCCACAUGAUACACAGGAAUGCAAACUGCAGAUGGAAAGUUUGUCACACACAACAGACGACAUGAUCUUUCAAUGGGAUCCCACGACGCCUUUAGUAGUAGAUGAAAAUAUUGAAUUGCCGCAAGUGGCGCUGAUACGAAAUGAAACGGCAGAUUGCACUCAAGUGUAUUCGACGGGCAAUUUCACUUGUCUCGAGGUCGUUUUUACGCUGAAACGUCGCCUCGUCUACUAUGUUUUCAACACUUAUAUACCGACUUGUAUGAUUGUUAUAAUGUCUUGGGUCUCGUUUUGGAUCAAGCCGGAAGCUGCGCCAGCGCGUGUUACAUUAGGCGUCACCUCGCUGUUGACCUUGUCCACGCAACAUGCGAAGUCGCAAUCAUCUCUGCCGCCGGUUUCCUACUUAAAGGCGGUCGAUGCAUUCAUGUCCGUUUGUACGGUAUUUGUUUUUAUGGCGCUAAUGGAAUAUUGCCUAAUAAAUAUUGUGUUGAGUGAUACGCCCAUACCGAAACCAAUGGCUUAUCCGCCGAAACCAGUACCGGAAGGUGCGAAAAAAGAACCAGAAAAACCGCCAGCCACAGCACCCACACCGGCACCAGCGAUCACACCCGCCAAAGUGGUGCCGGACGAAAAGAUAGAGAAAAUUGAGAAAAUAUUCGACGAAAUGACCAAAAAUAAGCGGGUUGUGCACACACGUCGUGUUGUUCGGCCGCCACUCGACGCCGAUGGUCCUUGGAUACCGCGUCAAGAAUCGCGCAUAAUACUCACCCCAACUAUUGCGCCACUUCCACCGCCGCCACCGCCAGAGCCUGAGCCGCCUAAACCAAAGCUUACGCCACAGCAAGAGCGUCUGAAGCGUGCCAUUUAUAUUGAUCGCACAUCGAGGGUGCUCUUCCCGGCGCUAUUCGCCGGUCUCAACGCCAUUUAUUGGAUCAUAUUUUAUGAAUAUCUCUAAGCACAAACCAACUUACUUAUGGUACAUACCAAAUGUACAGCUGCUGUGGCUCAUCUACAUACAUACAUAUGUACAUACAAAUGCAUUCUCCUCUGCAAUUGAGAGGUGAAUGAUGAGUAUGAUUUGUGGUUUUAACUCAACUCGUUAGAUUAAGUGACAUACAGUAGUAUUUAAAUAUAUGUACGAGUAACUGUAAACAAAGAAUAUGAAAAAUAUGUAGAUAAUGUUGUAGUGUUAAUGAACGGAAGUAGAAAAUUUUAUUCAAAUCAAUUUGCCAAAGCAAAUUAAUCAAAUCUAGUGUGUGUAUACAUACUUAUAUAGUAAAUAUGUAUGUAUGUUAACUAGCGGUAAUAUGUAUAAAUACUUCUAUAAGCUGGAAAUAAGUUAAUGAGCAGCGCGCUCUUUGUGAAAUUCUUAUGUUCAUAAAUAAUAAAGCCUUAAAUCAUUUUCAAAUUUUUAUUUCUUACAAACACGCUACAUUGAUUGGUAAACAGUUAAAAAUCCUAACGGUGUAUAUUUAUUAUAAGAUCAAAGUUAUCAUAAUUAUUGUAUGAAUUCAUUUAUCACUAAUUUUUAAUGUAAUAAUUUAUUUAGAAUGCAUUUUAUAAGCUAAUAGAAAUUGUUAUUGCGAAAACUGUAUUAAAUUGUAACGAAUUUUAAAAGUAUAUAUUAAUUGUGAUAAUAAUUAAUGAAUAUGUGUACAUUUCUGACUAGUGCCAAAUAAAAAACGAACGCUUAAAGACAAA